AUGGAACGCUCUGGGCUCGUGGCGAAGAUGAAGGGCCUAGGCGUUGGGCAAACGACGAGAGCAAGAUCUACACGGGCGGCCGGACAGUCGAAGAAACGAGCAACAGACGAUGGCAAGGGGAAGAAACCCCAGAAGCGGGCGAAGACGGUCGCUCUCGCCCAAGAUACUCCAUUGAACCAGAUCCCCCAGGAGAUCUUGAAUAUCUAUGUCUUUGGUGGAGGCAGCAGCGGCGAGCUUGGCCUCGGUCCUGUUGCUACCGACGCCGUCAAAGACCCAACUCUCGUUGUACGACCGGUAUUCAACCAGCUUCUUUCUCAGAGCAGGAUUGUCCAAGUCAGUGUCGGCGGUAUCCACUGCGCCGCGCUGACCGCCGACGGCCAAAUCAUAACAUGGGGAGCCAACGAUUCCAACACGCUCGGGCGAAGCUCCGUAUGGUCACCAGACGAGAAUGCAGAGGACGAUGACGAGCCAGAGCUCAACCCACUUGAAGCCACACCUGCAAUGGUUCCCCACGAGAACUUCGUGGACGCACCUGCAGAUAUCCGUUUCGUCCAGGUGGUCGCCACCGACAAUGCAACGUUCGCCCUCACCGAGCAUGGCGAGGUCUGGGGCUGGGGCACGUUCCGCGGCAAUAACGGCGCGUUUGGCUUCUUGAAGUCCAUGAUCCGCGACGUGUCUGAUCCCGAAGACCCCUCAACGGAGGAGCUUGUGGCCGUGCGGCCGGUGCGCAUCCCCGGGCUCCCGCCAAAGAUUAAGGCGCUCGUCGGCGCCUCCAAUCACAUCCUCGUAUUGACUCAUUCCGGAGAUGUGUACGGCUGGGGCGCCGGCACGCAGAAUGAACUGGGCCGCCGCUUCGGCAGUCUCAAGACCGAGGCACGCUUCAACAGUCUCGAGCCGCAGCAUCUCGCAACGCCCAAGAACAAAAUCGUAAAGGUCUUCGCGGGCUACCACCACAGCUUUGCGAUCAACGGCGACGGCGAGGUGUGGGCUUGGGGCUUGAACAACUACGGCCAGACAGGCAUACCUGUGACCCGGGGCCAGCGAAGCGGCAUGGGUACGAUCAGCGUCAUUGCGCCGACUAAGGUGAAGGCAUUGAAGGGCUACAAGAUCGUCUGUGUUGCGGCCGGUCUGCAUCACAGCAUAGCUUGCGCGGAGGAUGGCACUGUGCUGGCUUGGGGACGAUGUGACGACGGGCAGAUGGGCAUUGACCUCAGCACUGUGUCAGGAGAUGUUGUGCACCGAGACUCGAGAGGGCGUCCGACUGAGCUCUCCGUUCCAACAGUCGUGCCCGAUCUCAGCGCCAAGCUUGUCGCAGCUGGAAUCGACUGCUGCUUUGCCAUCACCGACGAGGGACACGCGUAUUCGUGGGGUUUCUCCUCCGACUUCAGGACCGGACUCGGCACGGAUGAUACUGUCGAGAGACCUAAGCGCAUCGGCAAAGCUGUGAAGGAUAAGGUUGUCAACUGGGUCGGCUGCGGCGGCGCUUUCGCGGUGCUGGCUGGUCCAAUUGAUGAAUAG